CUGAGGGGGAGGAAGGCUUUGAGUGUGACUCCCGGCGGAUUCGGGCUCGAUGUUCGCGGGGAGCGUGGGGUGGCCCCCUCGCACGGGGGGAGAGGCGCGGACCAUUAGGAAGCCGCCGAGCGCCGCCACCAACCCCCUCAGCGGGCGCGCAGGCGCCGCACAACUUGCUGACCCCAAAAGGGAGCGGUAUAGAGAAGCGGAAAUCACCCCGAGGGACCGGCACUGCUAAAGUCUCGCGAGAGCGAAUCCGACUUCCUUCCUCUGGUUUUCCCUCCUCUUCCCCCGCCCCCUUCCCUUCUCCCUCCUCUUCCCCCUCCCGAGCCGAGCGUCCCUGUGUCCCACAGGCCGGAGCCGCAGCUAGAGCAGCUUUCCCUACUCCCUCCCCCUCGCCUCACUCACUCUCCCCCCCCCCACCCCGCGCCGAGCGAGGAGGAGUCGGAGGAGAGGAAGAUGGCGGCGGCCGCCAGCACCCGCGGGGCUGCGGGGCCGCUCCGAGGAGCCUGAGAGACCCACGGAGGCUUCGCGGAGAGACGCGGCGGCGGAGGAUGAGCCUGCAGAGCGCGCAGUAUCUCCGGUGCCGGAAGCACAAUUUCUGCACUGUGUGAGUGUCUUAAACCAUUCUACCUUGUGAGAAAUUGGAUGCUCUUGCAGAUAGUCAUUGUGGGAGAAAACGUUUCAUUUAAGUCCCAGAUGAGGACCGAAAACUUGAAAUCAGAGGAGCAUCUGAAAUCAAGUAAUAUUAGGCAGGCAGAAGUCCUGAAGGCUGAAAUGACAGAUUCUAAGCUGGGUCCAGCUGAGGUCUGGACAUCCAGGCAAGCUCUGCAGGACUUGUACCAGAAAAUGCUAGUUACUGAUCUGGAAUAUGCUUUAGACAAGAAAGUAGAACAGGAUCUCUGGAAUCAUGCCUUUAAGAAUCAGAUCACAACACUACAAGGCCAAGCAAAGAAUCGAGCAAACCCAAAUCGGAGUGAAGUUCAGGCAAACCUUUCUCUGUUCCUAGAGGCAGCUAGUGGCUUCUAUACUCAGUUAUUACAGGAACUGUGUACGGUGUUUAAUGUAGAUUUGCCGUGCCGUGUGAAGUCUUCCCAAUUGGGAAUUAUUAGCAAUAAACAGACGCACACCAGCGCCAUAGUGAAGCCACAGUCCAGCUCCUGUUCCUACAUUUGCCAGCACUGCCUCGUCCACCUUGGAGACAUUGCUCGAUACAGAAACCAGACCAGCCAGGCAGAGUCCUACUAUAGGCAUGCAGCUCAGCUUGUCCCCUCCAAUGGUCAGCCUUACAAUCAGUUGGCUAUCUUAGCUUCUUCCAAAGGAGACCACCUGACCACAAUUUUCUACUACUGCAGAAGCAUUGCUGUGAAAUUCCCUUUCCCAGCUGCCUCCACCAAUCUACAGAAAGCACUUUCUAAAGCACUGGAAAGCCGGGAUGAGUUGAAAACCAAGUGGGGUGUUUCUGACUUCAUCAAGGCGUUUAUUAAAUUCCAUGGCCAUGUAUACCUGAGUAAGAGUUUGGAAAAGUUGAGCCCUCUUCGAGAGAAGUUGGAAGAACAGUUUAAGAAGCUGCUGUUCCAAAAAGCUUUCAACUCUCAGCAGUUAGUUCAUGUCACUGUCAUUAACCUGUUUCAACUUCAUCAUCUUCGUGACUUUAGCAAUGAAACAGAGCAGCACAGUUACAGCCAAGAUGAACAGCUGUGCUGGACCCAGUUGCUGGCCCUCUUUAUGUCUUUUCUUGGCAUCCUGUGCAAAUGUCCUCUCCAGAACGAUUCUCAGGAGUCCUACAAUGCCUAUCCCCUUCCUGCAGUCAAGGUCUCCAUGGACUGGCUAAGACUCCGACCUCGAAUCUUUCAGGAAGCAGUGGUGGAUGAAAGGCAGUACAUUUGGCCCUGGCUAAUUUCUCUUCUAAAUAGUUUCCAUCCCCAUGAAGAUGAUCUUUCAAGUACUAAUGCCACACCUCUUCCAGAAGAGUUUGAAUUACAAGGAUUCUUGGCUUUAAGACCUUCUUUCAGGAACUUGGAUUUUUCCAAAGGCCAUCAGGGUAUUACAGGAGACAAAGAGGGUCAACAGAGACGAAUACGACAGCAGCGUUUGAUCUCCAUAGGGAAAUGGAUUGCUGACAAUCAGCCACGGUUGAUUCAGUGUGAAAAUGAGGUAGGGAAAUUGUUAUUUAUCACAGAAAUUCCAGAAUUAAUAUUAGAAGACCCCAGUGAAACCAAAGAGAACCUCAUCCUACAAGAAACAUCUGUGAUAGAGUCACUAGCUACUGAUGGAAGCCCGGGACUGAAGUCAGUGCUGUCUACAGGCCGAAAUCCAAGCAACAACUGUGACCCAGGAGAAAAACCAGUGGUCACCUUCAAAGAGAAUGUUAAACCACGAGAAGUGAACAGAGACCAAGGAAGAAGCUUUCCUCCCAAAGAGGUAAAAUCCCAGACGGAACUAAGAAAGACUCCAGUGUCUGAAGCCAGGAAAACACCUGUCACUCAAACUCCAAGUCAAGCGAAUAAUUCUCAGUUCAUCCCCAUUCAUCACCCCGGAGCUUUCCCUCCUCUUCCCAGCCGACCAGGGUUCCCGCCCCCAACAUAUGUUAUCCCCCCUCCUGUGGCAUUCUCUAUGGGCUCAGGUUACACCUUCCCAGCUGGUGUUUCUGUCCCAGGAACCUUUCUUCAGUCUACAGCUCACUCUCCAGCAGGAAACCAGGUGCAAGCUGGGAAACAGUCCCACAUUCCUUACAGCCAGCAACGGCCCUCUGGACCAGGGCCAAUGAACCAGGGACCUCAACAAUCACAGCCACCUUCCCAGACACCCCUUACAUCUUUACCAGCUCAGCCAACAGCACAGUCUACAAGCCAGUUGCAGGUUCAAGCUCUAGCUCAGCAACAGCAAUCCCCUACAAAAGUCAUACCAGCUUUGGGGAAAAGCCCACCUCAUCACUCUGGAUUCCAGCAGUAUCAACAGGCAGAUGCCUCCAAACAGCUGUGGAAUCCCCCUCAGGUUCAAGGCCCACUAGGGAAAAUUAUGCCUGUGAAACAGCCCUACUACCUUCAGACCCAAGACCCUAUAAAACUGUUUGAGCCGUCAUUGCAACCUCCUGUAAUACAGCAGCAGCCUCUAGAGAAAAAAAUGAAGCCUUUCCCCAUGGAGCCAUAUAACCACAAUCCCUCAGAAGUCAAGGUCCCAGAGUUCUACUGGGAUUCUUCCUACAGCAUGGCUGAUAACAGAGCAGUAAUGGCACAGCAACCAAAUAUGGACCGCAGAAGCAAACGGUCCCCAGGAGUCUUCCGUCCAGAGCAGGACCCUGUGCCCAGGAUGCCAUUUGAGGAUCCCAAGAGCUCCCCUCUGCUUCCUCCGGACCUGUUAAAGAGUCUGGCUGCCUUGGAGGAAGAGGAAGAGCUGAUCUUUUCUAACCCUCCUGAUCUUUACCCAGCUCUGCUGGGUCCUCUCGCCUCUCUUCCUGGACGAAGCCUCUUUAAAUCCUUAUUGGAGAAGCCUUCAGAACUCAUGUCACAUUCAUCUUCUUUCUUGUCCCUCACUGGAUUCUCUGUCAAUCAGGAACGAUAUCCAAACAGCAGUAUGUUCAAUGAAGUGUAUGGGAAAAACCUGACAACCAGCUCCAAGGCAGAACUGAACCCCUCAGUUGCCUCCCAAGAAACAUCAUUGUACUCCCUUUUUGAAGGGACCCCUUGGUCUCCAUCACUUCCCGCCAGUUCAGAUCAUUCAACACCAGCCAGCCAGUCUCCUCAUUCUUCUAACCCAAGCAGCCUGCCCAGUUCUCCUCCAACACAUAACCAUAAUUCUGCUCCAUUCUCUAAUUUUGGACCCAUUGGAACGCCAGAUAACAGGGAUAGGCGGCCUGCAGAUCGGUGGAAAACUGAUAAACCAGCCAUGGGUGGUUUUGGCGUUGAUUAUCUCUCAGCAACAUCAUCAUCUGAGAGCAGUUGGCAUCAGGCUAGCACUCCAAGUGGCACCUGGACAGGCCACGGCCCCUCCAUGGAGGAUUCCUCCGCUGUCCUCAUGGAAAACUUAAAGUCUAUCUGGUCCAGUUCCAUGAUGCAUCCUGGACCCUCCGCUCUGGAGCAGUUGUUAAUGCAGCAGAAGCAGAAACAACAGCGGGGACAAGGUGCCAUGAACCCUCCACACUGAGGCCACAGUAGCGACCCAGGGAAUGAAGGCUCCAUAAACCAUGGCAUGUUGGGUUUGCAGGACUGGCCCACACAGACCCUGCAGGUGGCAGCCCUCUUGUCUGUUUCUUGCUGUCGAGAGGGUGUAAGUGUUCCACCAGCCCGCUGAGUGUGCACGAAAUGUUCGCAGUGCAACAAAAAGAAAAAACCCAUCAGGAACUCUGGUUCCCCGGGGCUUUCCGGAGGAGAGAGGAGCUGCUGUUUGUUUCACUCGGUUACUAAUAGCACGCCUCUCACCUUCUCCACCGCGCAUGUCCCCAACACGUGGGAAGUGGAAGCUGAGAAGGGAAGGCAGAUGGGAGAAGCCAAUAGGAACUUCUCAGUCCUUUUUUCCUCUUUGGGGAAUAAAAUAGGAAUCCAUUAUGAGUGCUUUGCUGACUGAGAAUGUAGUUGAAAUUACUCUUAAACAUCUUUUAUUGUUAUUACUCUCAGUAGCAAAAUAACACACUGAAUUCUUCCAUACACAGGUGUACUUCUAGUCAGUGUGGAGCAAAGACAGUCCCGUUUGUGCUCCCGUGAGAGGUCGGUGGUGACAGGACAGGGAACUGACCUCUUAAGCCAGUGGGAGUGUUCCAUAAGGGAGAGUACAGGCCUCUUAGAAGGUUCUGGCAGGCCUUCCUCCAGCCUGGAAACUCCAGCAGGAAAUGCCCUUCACUCUGUAGGUGCUCGAGCCCUAAUCGAGGAUGCAGUGUGGGUGGUGCUGCUGGGCUAGACCAGCAGGUGGCUGCUGUAAGAUUUCAAAUUAAUGUUUUUGAUUCCUACACUUUUGCAGUAGCGUAGCAAGCAGUCUCACAGAAGGCAGGCUAGUCCAUUCAUAGCCUGGAACACAUUUUAAUAGGUGGAUGCUUUCAGUGUGGUUAUUUUUUGUUAAGUUGGUUUUGUGUCCCCAUCCUGCUUACCAGCCUCUUGCACCAGUCUCCACCCCUUUAGCCAUAUGCUGUAUCCUAGUAAUUGUUUUAUCCCUAACCUGUGCAACAUCUCGCCAAGAAGCAGCAGCAUGGGGCCAGCACUUGGGGCCCAAAAGACGGUCUGAAGAGGAGGAAGCAGUAGUGCCUGCAUCACUACAGAGGAGCCAGGCCUCUGCCCAUCGCAGGCUCCCAGCCUUCAUUCACCUCAAGAACAAAAUUGAAGGCAACGGACAAAUGCACACUGUGCACAGAAGAAAUCACAACGAACGCCGCUUUGAAAAGGGCGAAAGAAAGGAAUAAACUCUUUAUUUCAUAUUUAUUGGGAGGAAAGAGGACUGAAGAUGUUCUGUGUAGGAACAGAAGGACGGCAUUUCUGUUAGUCAUUUCCUGGAAAAGUAAUAUUUUAAGGGGAAAUUAUGGAAACAAUCUAAAUGUCCAAUUGCUGUGCUAGGAUAGGAAUUAUUUUCUGGGAGGUAGGUGUGUGUGUGUGUGUGUGUGUGUGUGUGCGUGUGUGUGUGCGUGUGUGUGUGUGCGCGCGUGCGUGUGUCCCCACACAUGGCUGUCUAUUCUCCCAGAGGGCAUGGGCUGAGUGUGGGAGUUAGGAGGAACUGAGCUGGAAGACAGCUGUAGAGCAAAGCACAUCAGGAACCCCGGGUGUCAUGGGAUCUGGGUGGCCCCAGCAAUGAGAAGGGGUGAGGUAGUGCUCAUUGCUCUUCAGAAAGAGUGCUUGAAGCCCCAGGCUUAAUGCUAUUGCAUUUUUAGUUUGACAUGGUAUUUGGGUUUUCUUGGUUUUGUUUUGUUUUGUUUUUGAAAGGUCUAGAAGUGAAACCCCCCACCCAAUGGCAAAUGAAACCCUCUGUGCUGCUCCAGUCCCCUCCAUUUGUCCACCUUUGUCCUCUUCCCUGUUUCUUCCCUGCUGCCUUCACCCAGUUUGUGUGCGUAAGCUCUGCAUUCAGACAGCUGCAACAUUCCGAUGUUGGAAAUGUCCCUGAUUCUUGCACCUUAGACCAGCCAACAGGUUUACCAUCUCCCUCCCAGUAGUACCCACUUCCCAUCUACAGCCCCAGUCUGCAUGAGAAUUUGGUGUUUGGAAUGUUUUAUGACUCUUGGCAGGCUUCCUUGCCUUGCCAUCCUCAAUAUGGGGUAAGGAGGAAGAGGAGGAGAAGAAUCUUCAACUGGUUUUGUGUAAUAAACUUUCCUUUGUGUUUUGUUUUGAUUUUUUUUUCUCCUGUCUGUCUGUGCAAGAUCUGCAGCUGCUGAAAUCAGCUUUGCCUUUAAUUAAACCGUGUUCUCUCCAACCA